GAGGGAGAAACGGAACUAGUAAGAGAUUCACGGUGACCACAGCGCUCAGUCGUUAACGAAGCAUCCGAACAGUCGAUUCGAGGCUACCUGUACUUGCUUCUACGUGACGUGUUUCCAAAAAGGAAUAAAAAUGGUCGUACUUAUUCAAAGUGCCGAGGACUUGAGAGCUACCCUUGCAAAGGCUGGAGACAGUUUAGUUGUAAUUGACUUCUUUGCUACGUGGUGUGGUCCCUGCAAAAUGAUUGCACCUAAGAUUGAAGCGUUGGCAAAGGAUAUGCCUGAUGUUGUAUUUUUGAAAGUAGAUGUAGAUGAAUGCGAAGAAGUGGCUGUUCAAUAUGAAAUUAUCAGUAUGCCUACCUUUGUAUUUAUCAAGAAUGGCAAAGUGCUGGAAUCCUUUGCUGGUGCAAACGAAGAAAAACUUAAAACCACUAUUCAGAAACACAAGUGAAUAACCAAUUUGGAUAAUGAAAAUACUUUUAAGAAUUGUUUAAUAAUUGGCACUAAUCAAUGGAGGUUGUAAAUAUCUCACAAUCAUUAUAGGCGAUGCUGUGUUUCAUUUGCAAGCAAUGCUAUAAGACAGAGAACUUUUUGAAAAUUCAUUGUCAGUUUUAUUAUACAUAUUUUGUUGCGAAAUAAAAUGUGUAAUCGGCUUACAAAAAUUUAUAUACAACACAAUUAUUUCCACUUUGUUAUCUUUUCAUGAUGUAGAAAAUAGGCUAUCAAAUUGUACCAUAAAAAAGAAUAAAUUUAUUUACAUGAUUGUAGGUAAUUAAUACAUUGU